AAGAAGGCGCACACACAGUCCAAGUCGUCGACCCCGCCGGAACGUCACACACGAUGCUGAGCCGAACGAUCCGCCAGGUGGCCUCGCAGGCCAAGCGCCAGGGCGCCCGCAUGGCCUCCACCAAGCGCUCGUCCGUGAGCGGCAAGGGCUCGCUGGACGGCGCCUACAAGCUGUUCAUGAAGAGCACGCCCGUGUACGUGACCACGGUGCUCAUCGCCGCGCUGGUGGUGGAGGGCGUCUACGGCUCGGCCACCAACUACAUCUGGGAGGCCAACAACCGCGGCCGUCUGUACCACCACAUCGACUGGUCCAAGUUCGCUGAGGAGGAAGAAGAGGAGGAGGACGAGGAAGAGGAGGAAGAAGAGGAGGAGGACGCCCACGAGGACGACGAGGACGACGAGUAGACUGAAGGCGUCUCCGAAGUUGGUUUGAGUCUUCUGUCUUCCUGGCCCAUUGCUACGCAAUCCACGGCACUUUUUUAAAGGAGAGUUCGGUUCUUCAGCUGCUGCUCUACGAAGAGAUCGAAAAGGUGAAGGAGGAAGCUUCUUUGAAGUGCCGUGAUUUAGGGGCUGCUGUGCUGUGGCUGCCCUCUUACGUUAAAACUGCCAGAAACACGAAGGAAAAAUACUACG